CGUAAAGCAAAACCAGAACACUACUCCAACUGAACAAAGAAACCCCCAAAUGCUAAAAAUCCCCUCCAAAAACUUUUUCUGACCGGAUUUUCACUUUGAUUUUUAUUUUUGCCCCAGGUUUUCCGUUCUCAACUCCCUGCCGGAAUAUUCCCUUAUUGGGACAUCGAAUGAAAUUCCGUGUCUGUGUCUAUGAGUGGCAAUGGGAACAUUAGUUGAUAUUGUCGGAAAUGAGGAAGCUGGAGUUGAUUGUAUCAUUUCGCAUAAGGCUGCUGAUCCAGUUGUUUACCAGCUUGCUCGGGUUGAUGGCGAUGGGAGAUUAGUGCCUGCAACAGAAGAUGAAGUUAUGGCAGUUGAAGACUUGCUUGAAGAGGAUAAAAGUAAUGUCAGAACUCUGGACACCGGACAAAUUCUGGAAUGCAGUACAAAUGGCUCAGAAGGCCAGCCACAACUUGAGAUUCUUGAAAUUGGUACAGAAAAGCCAAAUAUACCACCUCACCCUAUGAUGGAUUCUGAAGAAGUAGAUGUUCAUCCGAAGGAAAGAAUUCCUUCAUUAGUUUGUCACGGCAGUGAUGGCAGUGUUUGCCAAUCUGGGAGUCCAGGGGAAUGCUCAAAGACGUUUAGUGAAUUGGACAGGAGUAAAACAAAUUCUAGUUUUGAUACUGGUAUGAAGCCUGAUUUCUCUUUGUUGAAUGGGGAAAUACACCUGGAUAAUCUGUCAGUUAAAGAUCUUCAGGAGACCUUCAAGGCAACUUUUGGAAGGGAGACUUCUGUGAAGGAUAAACAGUGGCUCAAGAGGAGGAUUAUCAUGGGAUUGACCAACUCUUGUGACUUCUCAACCACCAGUUUUGUAAUUAUAGACAAUAGAGUGGGAAGGAAACAAAAAACGGAAACUUGUGAAAGUGUGGAUUGCUCUGUUUUGUUUGAUUGUGUAGUUACAUCUGCGAUGGAGAACCAUGAAAGUCCAUCAACUUCCCAUGAUAAAAAAAGUGAAAUCCACUCAAUUGCUAAUGAGACAAAUAUGGAAAGUUCUACUUUUCAAGACAAAUCUGGAGGUAAAGAUGCAGAGACAGAAGAAAGACCAGCAAAAAGAAUUCGGAAGCCCACAAAACGUUACAUUGAAGAACUUUCAGAAGGAGAAUCCAGGGACUCUGGUGCCAAAAUCGUCUCCUCAGUUAAACACCCUGCAUAUGACCAGCCAUCUGCAAAAGUUUGGGCAAGACCUGUUCAGAAUUUUGGACUGGAUAGGAGAUAUCUCACCAGGAAAGAUUCACUUGGAGGUUCUGGAAUUCAGAUUCCAUAUGUUUCCCGGAUUCGCCGGAGCCGUCCAAGGGAAAAUCUUAUGAACCUUAUGAAACUUCAGCCUAGUGGGGAGGGCAUCUCAAUCAGUCUGGAAAAGAAUGAUGUUGCAUCCAGCACACAACUUGACAAAGAAUGCGGGAAUAAUGCACCCAAAAACAGCUUGUCUCCCAGAUGGAUUGAAGAGCCUCCUGUUGUUGCUUCAGAGAGAUCAACCCCAUAUACUGAGAGGACAACAAUUCAGCUGGAGGAGGAAGUGAAGCUGAAAAACGUGGAAUCAUAUAGGAAUAACUCAGAUGAAGAGGUAGUUACUGUACCCACAGCUAAUGGAGGAAUGAGGAGGAAGCAUCAUCGACCUUGGACACUAAGUGAAGUUGUUAAACUGGUUGAUGGGGUUGCUAAAUAUGGUGCUGGUAGAUGGUCUGAGAUCAAACGCCUUGCCUUUGCAUCAUAUUCUUACCGAACUUCAGUUGACCUUAAGGAUAAAUGGAGGAAUCUUCUAAGAGCUAGCCUUGCAGAAUUGCCAACUGGAAAUGGGAUGCACGGCUCCCGGAAGCAAGCUUCAGUCCCAAUCCCUGCUCCAAUUCUGUCACGAGUAAGAGAACUUGCUGAAAUGCAAACUCAUGUUCCACCAAGCAUCAGCUAUUGCAAAUUGGCUGAGCGUAAUGAACCCAAUAAAACUGUACACGAAACAAGAUCAGGGUUUUUGUAGCACUGUGAAUAUGUGUAGUGUCUGCCUAAUUUUCAAUAAGAAUGCUAAAACUCUGAUGCAUUGUAAAACUAACUGUACGUCGUUGAAGUUGAUGUAGUGCAGGAUUGUUAGAUUUACACGACAAGUCUGCCUUCAUUGAUGCUGAUUUUUGUAUUGCUUGAUGAUAAUCGGAAAGUUGUGCGUGUGGUUGGCUGGGGGCGAUUGCAGUUGAGGCAACACUCGUUAAUGUGUAAUCUAUGUGUGUGAAA